CCUCGUCCGACGCUAUCGAUCGUCCCUCCCGGCAACCCUUCUACCCGCCAACACACACCCCUCAAAUACCACAUAUCACGCGCGCUCGUUCAGCCAGUCAGCGACUAGAAUGGCGUCCAGCGUAAACCCGCAGACGCUCGCGGAGGACAUUGCACAGCUCACGACCCAGCUCGCGAGUCUCAAGGCGCAGGGCGCGGACGCGCCUGCGAUCGAGGAGACGAAGAAGAGGCUCGGGGAGCUGAAGAAGGCGCAGGCGGCGCUUGGGGGUGGGAAGGACAAGGACAAGGACGCGAAGAAGAAGGAGCGGUUGUUGUUGAAGACUGCCAAGGGCACACGCGACUAUGGUCCCGGCGAGAUGUUCUGUCGCGAGCACAUCGAACGCAUUGUCAAGGACGUCUUCACCUCGUACGGCGGCUCCGCGCUCGACACGCCCGUGUUCGAGCGCAAGGAUGUGCUUACGGGCAAGUACGGCGAGGACUCGAAGCUCAUCUACGACCUCAUGGACCAGGGCGGCGAGCAGCUCGCGCUCCGCUACGACCACACCGUCCCGCUUGCGCGAUACCUGGCCAUGGGCGGCGCGGCGGUGCAGGGGAAGAUAUGGCAGGUGGGGAAGGUGUAUAGAAGGGAUAACCCGGUGAUGAGCAAGGGGAGAAUGAGAGAGUUCUUGCAGGCGGACUUUGAUAUUGCGGGUGCCUGGGACCCUAUGAUUCCCGAUGCAGAGAUUGUUGGAUUACUUUGCACCAUACUGAGACGGCUCGAUGUCGGCGAGUUCACUAUAAAGAUCAACCACCGCAAGAUCCUUGAUGGCAUUUUCGAAGUGUGCGGUGUGCCUGCCGAGAAAAUACGGACGAUAUCUUCGGCCGUAGACAAGCUUGACAAGUCUCCAUGGGCAGACGUCAAGAAAGAGAUGACGGAAGAGAAGGGUCUUGACCCCGCAGUCGCUGACAAGAUUGGCGAAUACGUCAAGCACAAGGGCGGCCCGUCACUAUUGGAUCAGCUCAAGGCCGACGAAAAGCUCAUGGCUAACGCGAGUGCAAAAUCGGGCAUUGAAGAGAUGACGAUUCUUUUCACUCUUCUGGCCGCAUACGAUAUCGUUGACAAGAUAUCCUUUGACAUGUCCCUCGCCCGCGGACUGGACUACUACACCGGCCUCAUCUACGAGGCCGUCGUCGCCGCUUCGGCACCACCAGGCUUUGGCACCAACGCCCUUGCCUCCUCCUCCGCUCCCGUCACCGACGAAUCCUCUGUCACCCCCGCGCCCAAAAAGAAGGCCAAGAAGCCAAAAGCCGACGGCGUCGACGGCGAGGAAGAGGAGACGGAUGAAUCGACCGUCGGCGUAGGUUCGAUCGCCGCGGGAGGGCGGUACGACAACCUCGUCGGCGCGUUCGCUGCUGCUGCGGCUGGCGAUGGGAAGAAGGCGCCCGCGGGUCUGCCGUGCAUCGGCGUGAGCAUCGGGAUGGAUCGUAUUUUUGCGAUUCUGUGGCCGCGGUGGCAGGAGCGUGGUAUGCGUAGUAAGGAGACGAUGGUGUAUGUGAUGGCGGCGGGUGAUGGGUUGCUUGAGGAGCGGGUGAGGCUUGUGCAGGAGUUGAGAGAUGCGGGGAUUAAGACCGACUUCCUCGCGAAGCGCAAACCUAAGCUUCCGGCUCAGUUCGCGGCGGGCGAGAAAGACGAGGCGCCGUUUGCGAUCAUUCUCGGCGGGGAGGAGCUCGCGCAGGGCCUCGUGACCAUCAAGGAGCAGCGGUGGGAGCUCGUGGAUGGCAAGAAGGCCAAGAUCCAGAGCGCGGAUCAGGGCACGAAAAUGCGGAGGGACGAGCUUAUUGCGUGGAUUAAGGGCACGGAGACGUUUAAGGGUUGGGCGAGCGGGCGGCUGAUAUGAUUAUACUCACUUGUGGAUUUGUGGUGUUGAUGUAUCGCUAGUAUUGCUUUAUAGACUUCCGUGAUGGAAGGACCUUUGUGGGCC